GCGGCAAAACCUAAUUAAUCACGAAUUUCUAAUUUUAUGUACUCUUGUCUCCGAUUGUACCUUCCAAACGACCUUAAGCAGGAAAUCGAAGAUUAAGAAAAAUACUGAUUUAGACACAUAUGAAUAGAUUUAUUUUACAUCACUUUUAUCAAAUUCAGUUCCAUGUAUUUAUCGCUUAAUUGUAUUAUUAUUAAUCACUGUUCCACAAAUGAGAAUCAAAGUAGAAAUCAUCGUAUAGAAACAACAUUGCAAAAUAACUAAUUUACGUACGUUCUUUCCAAUCAACGACUAACAACUGCAGUUCAUUUUUACUUGAAAGAAGUCCAGGAUCAACUAAUGAUAUAAACAAUAAGCAAGCAACUGGUUGACAUUAUCAACCAUAUUUUGAGAGCAGGAAGAAUGUACAAUAUGGGCGAGACUUCAAGUUUUUGAAAUAAUUAACAAGAUAAAUGUAUGUAUGAGUUUUGAAGGUUAAUGGACCGAGUUGGUAGUAUAAAUUUGGGCAUUGCCAAAUUGGUAUCAUUGCAGUUUCUUGUUGCAGAUUGAACACACAGAACACGAUGUGCCUUAAGAUUUUAGUUUUUUUUUGUUUGGUAAUUGCUGUUGCCUCGGCUUCAGUUUUACCUGUUCCUGCCCCAUUAGCAGCUUUUCCAGUUGAUGGAGGUGCAUUACUUAAGGGUCCUAUUUCCUCCUCCGUUUCUGUUGGACCUGAUGGUAGCAGCAUUUCCACUGUAGAAGAUUCUGGGGCUGUUGGAAUCGCUCAUGGUUACGCUGUAUCUGCGGCACUCCCACCAGCUCCUGCACCAGUAGUUUAUGCUGCACCCGCUGUAGUUGCUCCACCACCUGCACCAGUAGCUUAUGCUGCACCUGCUGUACUUCCCCCACCUCCUGCGCCAGUAGCUUAUGCUGCACCAGCUGUACUUGCUCCACCCCCUGCCCCAGUUGCAUAUGCUGCACCAGUUCUAACUGGAACUCUCAUUAAUGGUCCCUCCGGACAAAUAGCAACUGCAGGUUCUCCUGUUGGAGUUAUUGCAGGCACUGCUCAUGCUCCUUGGGCUCCAGCACCUGCUGUUGUGGAAGCCAGGAUUGGAUGGUGAAUUACUUUCUUUUGAUUAUAAAGGAUAAUUUAUAUAUGUAUAAUACAUACCUCAUCUGAAUAAAACACUAAAGAAAACA